UGUAGAAAUGCUACAUGCAAAAUGAUUAUUUGUUAUAUAAAACGUUUUCUGAUAGUAAAUUUUUACAAAAUUUAGCUACACAAACUAAGCUGGGUUUUUUGUUGUUGUAUUUUUAACAAUAUGUCAAUAUCAAUCUUCAUACAAUUUUGUACCAAAAUCUGUUGCACAGCUUUCAGAUGACCACUUUUGACAUUUUCUUUGGUUUUAAAUACACCUCUCAGACUGAUUGAUGCUUUAACUCAAGUGAAAAUUUCUAAAGAAUCAAGUGUUCAGCCCUCUGAUAACCACACAUGUUUGAGCUUCUUUCAAGAGCAUAGUAAAAUCACCUAUUGUCUUGUAUGAUGUUUUUUUGCUGUAUACAUAUAUUUGUGGUUUGUUUGCUGACAACGAAUACCAUUGAUCAUUUUGUUAAACAAACCUGGUGACCCUCCUGAACUUUAGUAAGCCACUUCAGUCCAUUUUCAGUCAAGUAGUUAAAUUAUUGUCAUUGAUGUUGAAGUAGCAUUUUGUUCUCAGAGUUACUAUUUGACAUUCCAAUUUUGCAGUUAACAGAAAGUCUUUCUACAAGGUACAAUUUUGUCUUUUUUCCUCAGUCCAUAGUGUUCAUCAGUGGAGUGUUGGGUUGUCUGUUUUAUGAGCGCUUUAUAGGUGAGACAAUAUGGCAGACCUGUGUAGUUCAAUCACAAUAUUAUUGACACAAUAAGUAUGAACAGCUACGAUGUAAAGCUAAAUUUAGUCAUGAAGAAGGAACAAAGAUAAACCACAACUGUUGUUUGUUAUAACCUUUUGGUGUCACAUAUAAACAGCCCAUGUUCAUCAUGUCUGGAUCAAGCCAAGAAAUCCGAUCUACUGUGGUAAUACUAAGUGUUAAGAAGAUUUUUACACAUAUACAAGUGUGGCUAAGUUUACAAUGUUGAUAACAUGUAAUAAUAAAAUGGGUAUUUUCAAGAAUUAGAGAGAAACAUUUUUAUUUAUUGUCAAUUAAGUAACAUUUUUCUGACUUUGUUUUAUGAUGUCAUCAUUCAGAGGAACCUGAUGAAACAGGAAAAAGAGAUGUAAGAUUAUAAAAAGUUUUUUUUUAUGAACAUGUACAUUAUAUUUCAUUACUUUAUGGAAAGUCAUUCUUUCAUUAAGCUGUCAUGAGUCUAUCAUACAUAGCCAUUACCAUGUGCUGAAACAUUUUUGUAUCAAUUUUUCUGUGCUUACUGAUAAACACUUAUUUUGUUUUAUGAGAAGAACACAAAGUGGUAGAUGUUACACCAUUAAAAUUGUUAUUCUUUCUUCCAUGCUUUUAAUUUCUGUCAUUAGCCCUUGAUUACAAGACUCAUGAUGAAGUACAUAAUGGCAGAUCCUGAUGUGGAUAGAGAGAAACGAGAGAAUCACAUGCGUCAUGUCAAAGAAAAAAUGGAUAUUUUGUAUCUUUUAAAACCUUUAUAAAUAUAUUAUUCACUAAAACAAUCUAUGUACACAACUUCUUGCUUAUUUAGUAGACUUCUUGCCCACUUGUCUCACUUGUAAAAAAAUUUAACGUUUCAUGCUAUCCAUUUUUAUUUUUGGUCAACUGUUUUAGGGCCUAAGCUAUCUGUUUUUGGACUUUGGUCAACCGUUUAAAUUUUUUGCCAUCCAUUUUAGUGGUCAUGGAAACUGUUUAAACGCUUGAGCUAGCCGUUUAGUAUCCGUUUAAAACUGUUUUUCUGGACCGUUUAAUGGAAAAGCAUUAGUGUCCGUUUUCCCAUGGAGGGUCACAUUUACCGGUACAUAAUUAUGUGAAUGUGUGUGAAAGUCCAACAUUACAAGGGUUGGUCCUGUGUGCACAUGUACACUAGUGCUUAGAUGGUAUAAGGCCUGGCUGAUGAGCAAAUUCCCUACAACUCAGUUGCUGAGCUUCAGAGAACUUGUUACCCAGCCAUGACUCUUAAAGAGGACUCAUAUUUUUUACUUAAAUUUUAAAAUGGAGUUCAAAAUGACCAUAAUGCCACACAUUAUCUGCAAAAAAAAGAAAAAAACACUUUAAACAUUGGUCAUCAUUGUUGAGCGUAAUUGUUACUAACAUGUAGUUUGUGGUUCAGCUUGCUAUUAACUUCCCUAUGGCUCUGUGAGUAGGGCAUCAUAACACAACAUUGAAUUGGCUGGGGUUUGGAGUAUUAUGAGAUUUGUCCUAUGUUGAUCAGAAAUGUUGAAAACCAUCCUUUCAAAACCAACUGUCUCUCUUAAUAUUAUCAAUACUGUUACUCUUAGUUGGAAAGAAACAUGGAGGUAAUCUUUUUUAUCACAUCUGCACAAUGAAGCUUCUCUUUUUUCACCAGUUUAUCAUUUAAACUUAUCCUGAAAUACAUUUAUGAGCCAUAUUUCCAGUGAAUCUCUCCUUAACCAGUUCUCAACAGCCAAGAGAUGAAGAGAAAGCCCCGGCUUGGAAAGCAGCCAUUUGAUAUUGAGAAGAUUGAGAGAGAUAAACCUACAUUUAAGCCUUUUGGACCUGAUGGCUACUGAGCAUGUCACUGUCAUACCUGGCUUAUUUCAUUGUAAAAGAAAAAGCUCAUCAAUAAUAAGCAUGUUCCCCUGACGAUGCAGCUCUAAUUUACUUGAGUAUUGGGCUAUUAAAGUUGCUGAAGGGAUCAAUCUCAUUUUGUUUUCAGUUUUGAUGAAACAGAUCUCAGUUUGAGGCCUUAUCUUUGGAAAAGAAUGUGAAGGAGAGCUUUGUGUGAUUUGUAUCAGGUCCAGUUCUAUUUUGUCUAAUAAAUUAUCUUUUUACCAUGAUGUGAUGUACAGGUGUAUACACUGGGUGCUCUCUAGUAACAAAACAGAGAGCUUCAAAUGUUUUUAGAGUUUAAUGACAAAUUUCACUGUUCACCCUACAUUUUUAUUUUGCCAUCUGAGUUGCAUGAUCCAAAUAUGGGAGUCUGAAAUUCUUUCGUGCUUCCAUCUUCCAAGCUGAAUAAUAAUGUAAUUAUUAAAAGAGAAGAAUGACUGUCAUAAAGUCUUUUUCUUAGUAUUGUGGUUGAAUACCCUUGGCUGCCACUCCCUCCCACAACCUUCACCAAAUCCAAGCCUCUCAAUUUCCCAAAUGAAUAAAGGGGUAAGUUUCUAAAGAAACUGUGGUGCUGUGUCGGUGGGAGAGUAUAGCAGGUAAUUUAGUGUUAACAA